UCGGAUAUGUCGGAAACCGGCCAUGGCGGGACAUGCCAAUGGAAGAACCGAUGGGGUCCAAAGCAGAGGGCUGGAUAACUCUGAGGAAAUACAGAGGACAGAGUUUUAUCAUCUCCAUGGCAGGAUAUGGAGGUCUUUCUAUGGACUGUAUCCCUACAAGUCAAGCAUGAUCGGUCUGGAGUCACUGACAGAUCCGUCUUCUGAUUGGGACAUUGUGGAAACAAUUGGGAAAGGAACCUAUGGCAAGGUCUACAAGGUCAUCAAUAAGAAAGAUGGAAGUCAAGCAGCCGUGAAAGUUUUGGAUCCCAUUAAUGAUGUGGAUGAGGAGAUUGAAGCCGAGUACAACAUCCUGCGCUCGCUGUCCAAUCAUCCCAAUGUGGUGAAGUUCUUUGGCAUGUUCUACCAAGCAGACGAGCUCUCUGGAGGGCAGCUAUGGCUUGUUUUGGAGUUGUGUAAUGGGGGUUCAGUAACGGACCUGAUAAAGGGUUUGCUGAUGAGGGGAAAACGUCUUGAGGAGCCCGUCAUCUCCUACAUCCUGUAUGGAGCACUUCUGGGUCUCCAGCAUCUUCACAACAACAGAAUAAUCCACCGUGAUGUGAAGGGCAACAACAUCCUCCUCACCACAGACGGUGGAGUCAAACUGGUGGACUUCGGCGUCUCAGCUCAGCUGACGAGUGCCCGUCUACGCCGAAACACAUCAGUGGGAACACCGUUCUGGAUGGCUCCUGAGGUCAUAGCGUGUGAGCAGCAGUAUGACUACUCGUACGACGCCCGCUGUGACGUGUGGUCUCUGGGCAUCACUGCCAUAGAGCUGGCGGACGGAGACCCGCCUCUGGCCGAGAUGCACCCGGUCAAAGCGCUCUUCAAAAUACCGAGGAACCCGUCUCCUACCCUCCGCCAGCCGGAGCACUGGUGCAGGAGCUUCUGUCACUUCAUCGCUCAGUGUUUGAUAAAGGAUUUUGAGACUCGUCCAUCAGUGACUCAUCUGCUGGAGCAUCCGUUCAUUAAACAGGCUCAUGGGAAAGACACAUCGCUCCGACAGCAGCUGUCAGUCCUCGUCCGCGAGCAGCAAGAUGUGGGCAGCAGGACCAAGACCAGGCACGAGCGGAUCAAUACUCGCAAAACCUUGAUCAUUGAGAGCUGUCCUGACGAUGAUCUGGUGAACCUGGAGACCUUAGAUGAGGAAACAAUCAUUACACAUCUUCAGAGGCGAUAUCAGGAGCUGCACAUCUACACGUACGUGGGUGAUAUCCUCAUAGCGCUGAACCCUUUCCAGAACCUCAACAUCUACUCUCCACAGUUCUCCAAGCUCUAUCAUGGGAUGAAUCGCUCCACUAACCCCCCGCACAUCUUUGCCACGGCUGAUGCAGCCUAUCAGAGCAUGGUCACCCUCUCCAAAGACCAGUGUAUAAUCAUUAGUGGAGAAAGCGGAGCGGGUAAAACUGAGAGCGCCCACCUCAUCGUCCAGCACCUCACAUUUCUGGGCAAGGCUAAUAAUCGCACACUUCGUGAGAAGAUUCUUCAGGUGAAUCCCCUGGUGGAGGCGUUUGGUAACGCAUGCACGGCCAUUAACGAUAACUCCAGCCGCUUUGGGAAGUAUCUGGAGAUGAAGUUCACACCUACAGGGGCCGUGAUGGGCGCUAAGAUCUCUGAGUAUCUUCUGGAGAAAUCAAGAGUCAUCAAACAGGCUACGGGCGAGAAAAACUUCCACAUAUUUUACUACAUCUAUGCUGGUCUUUACCACCAAGACAACCUCAAGAGAUACAGGCUGCCCAACAAAACCGCCCCCAGAUACAUUGACUGUGUUAAUGGUAAAGUGAUGCAGGACAUCAUCUCUAGCAAACUCUACAAGGAGCAGUUUGAUGCCAUUCAGGACUGUUUCCGUAUAAUAGGAUUCACCGAAGAGGAAGUGAAUUCUGUGUACAGAAUUCUAUCAGCCAUUUUAAACACAGGAAAUAUUGAGUUUACAUCCACCAGCUCCCAACAUCAGAGCGACAAGAGUGAGGUGCCCGACUCUGAGGCCUUAGAUAAUGCGGCCGCUCUGCUCAGCAUCGGCUCUGAGGAGCUUCAGGAAGCUUUGACCUCCCACUGCGUGGUAACUCGAGGAGAAACCAUCAUUCGCACCAACACCGUGGACAAGGCCACUGACGUGAGAGACGCCAUGUCUAAAGCCCUGUAUGGACGCCUCUUCAGCUGGAUAGUAAACCGCAUCAAUGCACUGCUGCAGCCUGACACUAACAUCUGUGCGGCUGAGAGUGGGAUGAACGUGGGGAUUUUGGACAUCUUUGGUUUCGAAAACUUCAAGAAGAACUCAUUUGAGCAGCUGUGCAUCAACAUCGCUAAUGAACAGAUCCAGUUCUACUUCAAUCAACACAUCUUUGCCCUGGAACAGAUCGAGUAUCAGAGUGAAGCUGUAGAUGCCAGUCUGGUGGAGUAUGAGGACAACAGGCCCAUUCUGGACAUGUUUCUACAGAAGCCCAUGGGUUUAUUGUCUCUGCUGGACGAGGAGAGCCGCUUCCCACAGGCCACCGACCAAACGCUCGUCGAUAAGUUCCAGGAUAACCUAAGAAACAAGUACUUCUGGACACCCAAGCGUGUGGAGCUUUGCUUCGGCAUCCAGCAUUAUGCUGGCAAGGUGUUGUAUAAUGUCACUGGUUUUCUGGAGAAGAACCGGGACACCCUUCCUGCAGAUAUUGUGGUGGUUUUGAGGACGUCAGAGAACAAACUCCUGCAGCAGCUGUUCUCCAGCCCGCUCACUAAAACAGGUAACCUGGCCACAUCCAGAGCGAGAGUGACAGCAGCGUCCAGAUCUCUGCCUCCUCAGCUCAGCAGCGGCAGAAACAAGUCUCCUAAAUACCUGCUAAAGGUGGACACCAUGGAAAUGAUGCGUCACCCAGAGGAAACCACUAACAUGAGGAGACAGACAGUGGCGUCUUAUUUCAGAUACUCUCUCAUGGACCUGCUGUCUAAGAUGGUGGUAGGAACGCCUCAUUUCGUCCGCUGUAUCAAACCCAAUGAUGACCGGCAGGCUCUCCGUUUUAACAAGGAGCGCGUGAUGGUUCAGCUGCGGUACACCGGCAUCCUAGAGACCGUCAACAUCCGCCGCCAGGGCUAUUCUCACCGCAUACUCAUCGAGGAGUUUGUUAACAGGUAUUACUAUCUGGCGUUUCGUGCCCAUCAGAUGCCAGAGGGCAGUAGAGAGAACGCCAUCUUUAUACUGCAGAGAGCCAAACUGGACAACUGGGUGCUUGGCAAGACCAAGGUGUUUCUGAAGUACUAUCACGUGGAGCAGCUCAACCUGAUGUUGCGGGAGGUGAUCGCACGGGUGGUGUUGAUGCAGGCCUACACCAAAGGCUGGCUGGGAGCUCGGCGGUACCGAAGAGAGAGGGAGAAACGCAUCAACGGAGCGAUUAUCAUACAGUCAGCCUGGAGGGGUUAUGUGGCCCGUCAGAAUCUGAAGCAGAUAAAGAGAGAGCGCGAGCAGGCUGCUGUACGGAUCCAGUCAGAGCAGUCUGCAGAGGAGCGGAGAGAGAGAAAGAGAGAGAGAGAGAGAGAUGGGGGUUCCCUGCCACUUCCUCUCUCACAUUCCCGGCCCAUUACAGACUCUCUCAUACCAGAAACAAGAUGGCUUUUUAUACUGUCACCCUUUUCAUCUGAAAUGUAAAUGAAUUCUUACUCGGUGUGGCCUGACGGAGAUCAAAGCGGGGCGUAUUAACCUUC